CGGCUGCAAGUGCUGGCAGCUGCUAAUGUUGGUUCUCCGGCGCGUUCUUCCAAAGUCCAAUCUUCCUCCGCCAAUUCUAACUGAGAACUGCAAACAUCAAGUACUUAAUCACCUGUAAGAUGAGACUGAAAACCGAUGAUUUAUUGCAAACAGUCAGCAGAUCUCAUAUGCAGUCUCAAAAAUCAAUACAAAUCGAUCAAAGAAAUCCACCAAAUCCAUUCCCAACUAAUCACCAGAGGACUUCUUUCUCUCCACCCUUCAUCCGCCUCCUACCUACACGCCACCAUCCUCCAUACCUUCAACUCCGUCAUCUCUGCCCCUCCACAGCCGCCGCAUCGUCAUCAGCCCAUUUCAAUCCACUACCCCCUUUCUAUAUUCAACCUCAUCAGCAACCCUUCGAUUUUUUGUUGGAACACCAUCAUUCGUUCCCAUACUCUCCUCUCUUUACCUGAAAAUGCGGUUUUCUUCUUUAUCAGAAUGCGGCGGCGAUGUGUUCGUCCAGACGCUCACACCUUUCCUUUCGUUCUAAAAGCUUGCGCACAACUCCGUGAACUUUCCCUUGCAAAAACCAUCCAGUCUCAGUCGUUGAAGUUCGGGUUCACGACCGACGUAUUCGUCUGUAACAAUCUUAUUCACGUGUAUUGUCACUGUGGUCUUAUCGAUGAUGCGUACAAGGUGUUCGACGAAAGUGCUCACAGAGAUGUUGUAUCCCACAAUGUAAUCCUUGAUGGGUUAGUGAAGGCUGGGGAAACCAAACGUGCUCGUCAAGUGUUUGAAGAAAUGCCAACUAGGGAUUCAGCAACAUGGGGCACAAUGUUGUCUGGUUAUACACAAACGAAACACUACAACGAGUGCUUAGAUCUAUACGAUCAAAUGCUUCUUCUAGGGAUCCAUCCCGACAACACAUCAUUGGUUUCUGUUCUCUCCUCCUGUUCACGAUUAGGGAAAUUAGAAAAAGCAUUAGUGGAUUUCUACUCCAAAUGUGGUUGCAUAGAGAUAGCCAUGGAGAUAUUUGAAGCAACAUCUGACAAGAAUCUGUUCACCUGGAAUGCAAUGCUUGUUGGGUUAGCUAUAAACAGUCAUGGCAAAAUGUUACUAACCUUUUUCUCGAAAAUGGUGAAGAACAGAAUCAAACCAGAUGGGGUGACGUUUCUUGGUGUUCUGUUGGGGUGUAGUCAUGCUGGUUUAAUCGAUGAAGCAAGAACACUGUUUGCGGAGAUGGAGGUCGUCUAUGGAGUUCCUAAAGAGCUGAAACAUUAUGGAUCCAUGGCGGAUUUACUUGGAAGAGGUGGUUUGAUAAAAGAAGCGAUGGAGAUGAUAGAGAGUAUGCCAAUGUCGGGUGAUGUUUUUGUUUGGGGGAGUUUGCUUGGAGGGUGUAAACUCCAUGGAAACGUUGAAGUUGCAGAGAAAGCUGCCGAGUGUAUUAUGGAGAUUAGUCCUGAAGAUGGUGGAGUUUAUUCAACAAUGGCUGAUAUUUAUGCAAAUGCAAAACGUUGGGAUGAUUUAACGAAGAUUAGGAGGUUGAGAGAUUCAAGGAGGGUGAAGAAGAAUGCUGGAUGCAGUUUGAUCGAAUUGAAUGGUGUUAGUCAUGAGUUUGUUUCGGGUGAUGAUUUGCAUCCGAGAACUCAUGACAUUUAUUUGGUUUUAAAUGCUAUUUCUCAACACCAAUUCGAAGUCCAAAUUUAGGGUUAAAGAAUGAACAGCAACAACAUAGGGGGAUUGAUGUCUACAGUUAUGUUUCUAACAGGGAUAGAAUAACUUUGUCACAUAAAUUAUUAUAUUAAUUUGGCAUGUGC